UCCCUGGAGCACAAUUCGAUUUCCAAUGAGCCUUACACUUUCGAAUGUCGGGAAGUCUUUGAGUAUCCUUCGGGAAGCCUUAGCAAUCUCAGAGGCACAAAGUUUGGAGAUUUGAUGGGAGAUUCCCGGUUCACGGCUCAUGAACAGUACAAGGAACAUUUCAUGUCUCUUUACUUGAGAGAAAGCUGGGGGAAGGUGGUUGCCACUCUUCGCCCAGACGGCGGCCAAGUUUAUUCUUCCUCUGCAAAGGUAUCCAACUAAGAAGGUAUAGACACAGCACACACAUAUUGGAUUGGCAAGAUCAAAGAUGUGAUGACAGAUAAUUUCAGACUGACGUUGAUGGCUACCUGA